AUGCUUGUUCAUCUUUUAGCUAAAAGAAGCAUAACUCCAAACCUAUUCAAGUUACGUCCACCAUGCUUACCAAAGGUUUUUCCUACCUUACCACUUAGGAGUCUCCGGUUCAAUUCAACACAACCUAGCAAGACAAUAUCCAAGUCAUUAUUUGAUCCAUCAGUGUGGACGAUACCAAAUGUAUUAACCUACACAAGAAUUAUCGCUACUCCUUUCAUUGGGUACCACAUCAUUUAUGGAAGUCCUAUGACUGCCCUACUGUUGUUCACUUAUUCCUGCGUAACAGAUUUCAUUGAUGGAUAUAUAGCGAGAAGAUUCAAUAUGAAAUCGGUAGUAGGGUCAAUAGUGGACCCUUUGGCGGAUAAAUUCCUCAUGACUGUAUGUACAUUAUCAUUAGCAUAUGUGCAUUCAAUUCCACCGUUACUCGCAUCUAUUAUAAUUGGGCGUGACAUUAUGCUUAGUUUCAUGUCGUUUUAUUACCGAUAUAAAAGCUUGACUCCACCCAAGACAUUAAACAAGUUUGUCAGCAUUGGCCAAUACCCAACAAUUAGUGUACAUCCAAACUUUUUAGGCAAAUUAAACACGGCAUUACAGAUGCUUUAUAUCGGAAGCUUGGUAUAUAGGCCACUAUUGGAAAGUAUUGUCAGUGACACUGCUUUUGAGGGGUUAGGAUUGAUUGUUGGUGCCACAACAUUACUUAGUGGAGCCAAUUAUGUAUUCAACAAGAAUUCAUGGAAAUAUGUGAAAUGA